GGCGGCGGCUCCGCUCCCCUCAGCGCCGCAGCGCCCUCCCGCGCGCGGGAAGCGACGGACGGUUGGGAGGUUGCACUUCCGGGAUGGGAGGCGGGCCGCGUGCGCGGCGACGGCCAAUCAGCGCUCAGCGCGCGCCGCCGUGGCGCGAAAUUCAAACGUGGUGCGCGCGCUCCCCGGCGCGGGGUUUUGGGGGUCACCGAUCUGCGGGUCCGCAUCGCGUUCGUUUCUCUUUCAGCGUCACCAACGGAGGCAAAACCACGCUGACCAACAGGAUCGUCAAGGCGCUGCCCAACUGCUGCGUCAUCCACCAGGACGACUUCUUCAAGCCUCAAGAUCAAAUAGAAGUCGGGGAGGACGGCUUUAAGCAAUGGGACGUGUUGGACUCGCUGGAUAUGGAGGCCAUGGUGAGCACGGUGCGUGCCUGGAUGGAGAACCCAGUCAAGUUCGCCCGUUCCCAUGGGGUGAACGUCACGCCCGACCCUACAGAGCCUCCCUCCAAAGAGCCCCACAUUCUGCUCAUCGAAGGCUUCCUGCUUUACAACUACAGACCCCUCAUGGAGCUCUUCGACCUCCGCUACUUCCUGGCGGUGCCGUACGAUGAGUGCAAACGGAGGAGGAGUACACGCAGCUACACCGUCCCCGACCCCCCCGGCCUCUUCGAUGGCCACGUGUGGCCCAUGUACCUGAAGCACCGGAAGGAGAUGGAGGACAGCGGGGUCGAUGUCGUCUAUUUAGAUGGGCUGAAGAGCCGAGAGGAGCUCUACAACGAAGUCCUGGAGGACAUCAGGAACAGACUGCUGAACCGCCCCCCAGGGCCCCAGAAGAGCUGAGGGACCCCAUGUACAGAGCGAUGUAAAUACUACUUAACGCCGACGUCGGGACGAGGGCUGAUUUGGGAAACGUCUUUUGUAUAUAAUCGAGAACCGAAGAUAAUUUAUUUGCAGCCAGGCAGGAUUUGCCACUUUAUGAUAUUUCCUUUUUUUUUAUAUUCCACCGCUUUCAGACGGAAGUUGGGAACCCUUUCCGGAUGGAAGGGGCAGAGGCCACGUUUGGGACGCCACCGUUCCCAUUGAGUAAAACCAGUUCAAAUCUC